GAACUACAACAUGAUGUCUACGUCAAUCACAUAUUGACAUCAUUUACUCAUGUGCUGCAUAUCUUUCAUUAACAUUCUAGUGUUUAGAUACAAUGGACUGUGCUGUGUGCUCGAUGACAUUUGCCACUGAGAACAUCUUUGUGAAAAUGAUGUCUCUGUAGCGUUUUUCUUAGUUUACCAUAACUGUGAGUUGUACAGCAUGAUAAACAAAAGUGCGAUGGAAACUGAGUCGUCUGUAAAGUAUGUUUGUUGACGUACUGCGUACCUGUGGAUACGUGUAAAGAAGUUCGUCAUGUUUUUCACAGUUUUCGUAAGCUAAAAGCGGCAUCAACAUGUAUAGGAAAACGUGUAGUGUUGCAACGUUUAUGAACAAUGGAAGACAAUCUGAACGAAGACACCUGUAAACACACCAUAAAACCAAGAUACAUCCCUCCACAGAAUAUUGUCCACCGAUUAAGGAAGAGAGAAACAUUUGGAGCCGUUCAUCCGGGUACACAUUUCCACGUUGCUAGGGAAUUUCAUCAAAACGUUUUCCCCAAUUUCACAAUAAUAAAUGUCGAGAAACCACCUUGUUUUCUCCGAAAAUUCAGUCCAGAUGGCCAGUACUUCAUUGCUUUUUCAUCCGAUCAGACAUCGCUGGAAAUCUAUGAAUAUCAGGGAUGUUCAGCAGCUGCCGACCUCGUUCAGAACUGUAAGGGCGAAUAUAUUGGACACACCAGCGACCGAGAGAGUGAGUACAUACGAAGUUCAGUCUUCAGUCGUUUCUUUAAGAUCAAAUAUACCGUCAAUGUUGCGCAGAGUGGAGAGCAACUUAAUAGAGAGUGCAGCCUGUUUACCGACGAUGGUCGGUAUGUUAUUGUUGGUUCGGCAGCUUUUAUUCCAGACGAUUUGCGCCCUCAUUUUUAUGAAAUUUACACAAAUAACGAAUCGGUGACACCAAACCCUCGCUCACCAUUGGAGGAUUACUCUCUUCAUCUAGUUGACAUUCAAGCUGGCCGUCUUUGUGAUACCAAAAUGUUUAAAGUUGAUAAAAUAUUCUUAUCUCACAAUCAGGGUUUGUACUUGUACAAAGAUACAUUAGCCGUACUCUCAGUACAGCAUCAGACAAUACAUAUUUUUCAGUUGUGUGACGGCAUGUUUAUAAGUGUGCGAACUAUAGGCCGUUUCUGUUAUGAGGAUGAUGACUUCAUUCUGUCACCAGUAUCGAACCCAGGACAGAAUUCUAUUAAUUACCGAGCCUUUAGAGAAAAAAGUAUAAACUGUAUGAAACACAGACUGUUGGUUUUCUUGUUCAAGAGAGCGAAGCAUAUUUCGGAUACAACCAAUGACCCGUAUGAACUACGGAAAUUUUAUCAGUACUUUGAUCAGUUUAGGGCACUCCGAAUGUGGAGGAUGCAGCUUCUGGAUGAGAAUCAUCUGCUUGUCAAGUAUGCAAGUGAAGAUAUUGUUACAUUAAAAGCAACAGAGGCCAAUGCUCAGUCAUCCUUUUUUGUGGUGUACAAUAUUGUUACCACUGAAGUUAUAGCUGUGUAUGAGAAUACAUCUGAAGAACUCCUUGAGCUGUUUGAAAACUUUUGUGAUUUAUUUCGAAAUGUAAAGUUACACUCGGAGUCACAAUUUACAUGCUCUCCAUCCAACAACAUAUAUGCAAGGGUGAUCCAGCAGCGUUGUAAGCAAACAUUUGUGAGUGCACGGUUUGGUGGUGUAACAGAGGCAACCAAACGAAUGUUAACACAACUACCAAUCAGUGCUCAGUCGUACAGCUGCUCUCCAUAUCUAGAUCUGUCACUCUUUAGUUAUGAUGAUAAAUGGGUCUCUGUUAUGGAGCGACCAAAAGCUUGUGGUGAACAUCCCAUCAGAUUUUAUGGACGUGACUCUGGUUUGCUCAAGUUCAGAAUUUAUGCUGGGGUACUUGGACGAAGUCCUCCUCCUGCAGCAAGGCGGCUCGUGGCAUUCACUUUCCAUCCGAGAGACCCAUUCGCCAUCAGUGUUCAGAGAACCAAUGCAGAGUAUGUUGUUAAUUUUCAUAUAAGGCAUGUAUGACAAAGAAGAAAAAUGAUACCACUCAACUAAAGGCACAGGCAUAUUAGCACACCCUGUCAUAGCUUCAUAAGUUGAAAUUACAUGAUGGAAUGGAUGACAGAGUCCUUGUGAAACAAGAUUAAAACUUUUACUGUUAUUUCAUUUCUCACCUAAAGUAAAUAGUCUCAAAUUAAAUUUCAAUGUGGAACAUAAGAUUUGGUUUUCAAUAGUGUAUUUCAGGAAAUCUUAUGAGUAUGAAAUACUAGUGUAGUAUUUCAGUUUUGAUUCUCGUGUAUCAAAAUACAGCAGAACAACAUUGUUUCCACUUUACCAGUGAUAAGUUAUUUUGAGCCUGUUGUGUUAUAUUUAGUCUGUAGUUUCAAUCUCCUAUUUUCUGCCUGUUUUUGUAGAAUAUGUUGAGACAACAUGAUGUGCAUUACAAGAACUGUAAGAUGUGGCAGCAUAUUUAAGUUCCUUUGAAAGGGAGCCGAAAAGGAGGAGAUCUCCAAAUGGAUAUGUUAAAGAUAGAAUAAAUGUAUAAAAGAGCAAAUGCUUGAACACUUUGUACUGUCACUUCUGUUUAUGUGUAUUUAUAAUUUUGGAAAUAGCAAAGCAGGAUUCAGUUUCCACUAUGAGCAGUAAAAGGUAAUUCAAGCAACAGAAUACGAUCAUAGUGUGAUUGUUCUGAUGACUGAUAUAUAACGGGUUCUACAGAUAGUUUCAUGAUAAAGUCAGAUAUUCAGUGAUAUGUGCCAUUUGCAAUUUGUAAGUAGCCUUCUAAUACUUUUUGCAGCACUAAUUACAAUGCAAAAGGCUUUUUCUUAAAUAUAAAUUACAAUUUCUCAUUUAAAGUAUUGUGUUCAAUAUAAUAUUAGAAGGUGUGCAAACAGAUAAUGUCAUUGUUAGUGAAUGUGUACCUUAUUUACAAGUGCUGGCACUUGGAUAAAAAUCCUAAAACCUAUUGUUAUUUAACUGUUGCCAUUCCUACAGGCCUGCUUGCCAGUUUUUCAUUAUUUUUGAGCAUGAUUCAAGUAAGCUGCAUCCUAUACUACUCAACGUUUUCCCAUUUACAGCAGUUUCCUGUGACAUAAGAAGUUAUGUACAUACUCAUAGCUUCAGUAACACAGAUGAUGAGAGGCUUCAUUUUAUAGUGGUUAAUUUAUGUUGGGACAGUCAAAUACAUGUAACUGAAUUUUGUAAUAAGUUCCAGUGCUUGUAACAAUUUUAUAUUAUGUCAAAGCAGGAUUGAUUUUACAUUAUUUUUGUUCAAAAUUUUUUUGACAAUACCUAGCAUUAUCUGUUGUGAGAACAAUGACUUUUUGUCUCAAUGACAAUUAAAUAUUUACUGGUAUCUUUAGACAUCCAUAGAUGGGAGAGAUAACUGUCAUGAACAUAUAUAGGUGUCAUUUUCCCAACAGAAUAAUGUGGACAGAGAAUGCUGUAGAGAUGUCUUUGCUAGCUCUCUGCCAUGCUCACUAACCUUUAAGUAUCUGAAUUCCUCGACACCCACUAUUCAGAUAUUGUUAUCUCUUGUCUAGGCAGAUCAGUCACUAACCAACAAACUUUUGUUAAAGGACAUAAUUUUUUUCAAGAGCUGUCUAACAUAAUUCCAGGAAGAAUAUUGAGACUACAGCAACUUAAUGAUUUUUGUUCACAGCUUUGUUGGCCCAGGUGCAUUGAAACCAUCAAAAUAUUAUCCCAUAUUUGACACAAACACAGCUAUAAGUUUAUUUCUUUUUUUGCUAGCAGUUCGACACAGCAACAUUUCCUUGAGUUUUUAUUGUUACUUUGUUGACCACAAUAAGUGAUAAAGGCAAAAUACUUUGCGUGUGUGUGUGUGUGUGUGUGUGUGUGUGUGUGUGUGUGUGUGUGUGUGUGAGUGAGCGCACGUGCGCGCGCAUGUGCAUGUGCGUGUGAGUAAAUGCGCAUGCAGGUGCUGCAUAUGCGUGUGGAUUUGUUGAAUAUUAGAGAAGCGAUCUUCACCUCACACUUUUUUGGGAAGAUCGGUGUGAAAAAAAUAGUGUGAUUGCAGUCCUAACUCAUUCCCCAGAAUAUGUUUUUCAACACUAAACCAUUUCAGCACUGUUUUAUGCAGUGCUAGGGCUCAAGGUUCAUAGAGAUUCAGCCUGUAUAAUAAGUGUCAAUGAGUUGAUUGACAUUGUGUAUGGUUCUUAGGUGUUAACAUGAAAUACAAAGUCUUCACUUACCACAUACAUGACACAGAGUGUCAUAGUUGUUAGGUAAAGAGCUAUGUUUCCUGUAUUUUGUAAACUAUGUUGGCUAAGACUUUUCCUAAUACUCUAUAUUGUAUUAAAUGUAUUCUGCCAUGUAAAUAUUUGUUCAUCGUAUCUGUUGUUAUGUACUUAAUGUUUCAUCACUGACGAAUUUUUCAUCUUCUUUGAUCAUUUUUAAUUUUGAAAUUGAAGUGUAAAACACUGGCUUUGUGUACAUAAAACUUUUAUGAAAUGUAACUGAGGGUAACAAUAAUUCUUAAAGACUGUUUUAUACAUAAAUUUUCAUGAGCAGAAUGGUACUGACAAUAUGUAAAUUUGUAUUCUGCAGAGUAAUAGUUUUUGCUUUGGAAAUGUUUUCAUGCAGUGUUCAUCUGCGGCAAUAAAUAUUAUUCUCGUCUUUUCUGUAGACUCUACACAGGGUUAUAUACCACUCUUGGAAUGUGUUCACUUCAGUGAAGCUGUAAAAUUUGUGAUAUUUUUGUAACUAGCUGUUAUUUUGUGAUGAUGUUUUUAUUGUUGUUGGAUUUGAUUAGACAUUUUGCUAUACCAUUGUACACUUCAGUGCAGAAAUCACUUACAUAUAAAUAUUUUAGAGUAACAUUUUCUUAAUUAUCUUUCUCAUUUUUAGACCUGUAAAUAAGUAAUUUUUGAAUUAUUUAGAAAUUUCUAUCAUGGGCAAAUUUCAGAUGACAUGUGUUAUUUGUAAGAAGGUGUUACUAAAUUUGCUGAUGGAAUUUUGCAGCUAUUAAAUUAUAUUUUUGUGAGAAU